AUGACAGAAGUUUAUGAACUCGAAAUAUCAACCAAUGCUACGGAUAUGCCGUUUGAGAAGAAGUUUCCAGGACUUCUCACUUUAAAAGAGCUUAAGGUAAAGUUUUAAUAUAUCAGUGGUACUCUUCAUCUUUUUAAUAGAAGAAACUGGAACUCGUCGUCGGCGCAGAAUCAGAGAAAAUGGAAAUCAAGUUGCACAAUUCUGAAGGAGAAUUUGUUUCCCUGCUGUCCGACGAUUCUCGAACUCUCAAAGAUUUAGGCGUCCGAGAUGGUAUUAUUUUAUUUUAUUUUUUGAAUAAAAUUGAUUUUCAGGCAUGAAAUUACACGCUGUCGACAAGACGGGCAGAAACGAAGAGUUGCGAGAUGACAGCAUGGUGGAGAAGUAUGAAAUGAGCGACGACAAGUACGAUCAGCGAGAAAGUUUUCGGAAAAGUCUCAGGAUAAUAGGAAUUGGGAACUUCCAGACAGCGUCCGUGCCUGGAAGAAGAAGCUGAUGGAGCAAAGCGGCGCGGCUCAGGAGAAGCCGGCGAAUGCGGCCGAAGAAAAGAAUAAGGAAGCUGCGAAAAACAUCAAGGUACGUGAAUUUAGCCAAGGUACGUGAAUCUAAACAUCAAGGUACGUGAAUUUAGCCUUCAAAGCUGUGAAAUAGUAAAAUUUCAUUUCAAAUAAAAAAAGAAAAAUGCAGUUCAAAGACAUUAAAGAAUGAUUUACUUCUUCUUUUCAUACAUAAGAAAAAGGUUUUUCUUGAGGCGUUUCAUUAAAAUUUUAGGUUUUGGCUGAGGUUAGGUUUUUGACAAAAUUAAGAAAAGGUAUCAAAUAUUCAAAAAAAAAAAAACUAAUAAGUUAGCGCUUGGAAAAGUAAAAAUGAUACUUAAGAAUUUGGUUUCUUGACAUUGAACAUAUUUUUCUCACUGUUUUCGUUUUUUUCAUUUUUUUUGUAUUUGUUAAAAAAACAUAUUAUUGGUGUACUUAAUCAAACAUUCUAGGUUGGAGAUCGUUGCGAAGUCAGGAUACAAUCUCAAACGGCUCGGCGAGGAGAAGUCGCAUUCAUAGGAACAACCAAGUUCAAGGUUAUUCUUGUUGAAAAUCUCAGCAUUUUCAAAGUUUUUGACAAAAUAUAUUAAUAUUCAGGAAGGAAUUUGGGUCGGCGUCAAAUACGACGAGCCAGUUGGAAAGAACGAUGGCUCGGUUGCUGGCGUCAAGUGAGUUGUUUUUAUAUUGUUUCUUUUUGAAAAAAUAGAAUGAUUAGACCCCGAGUCUUUAAUGAAAGAAAGGAAAAAUUUAUGGCCGGCAUUUCAACUUUUUCGAAGUUCUCGUCUCUUAAUCAACCUAUGACUGUUUCAGAGUUCAAAAAAAUUAAGAGAAACAUAUGCAAUUUUUUUGAAUUUUCUUUUUAAAUAGAAAAUUUUAAAAAAAUUAACAGUUUUUUCUUUAUUUCGUUGAUAAAUAAAUACCUCCUUUGGUAAAGGAUUCAACGGAAAUUUGAAAUCCGAAUGUUCAGAAUUUUUCUAGUCGUCUGUUUUAGUAGCUGUUCUUUAAUGGGGCUAAUUUCAACCGAUUCCAUUCUUUCCUGAUCGGUCAAUUUACAAUCCUGAUUGGAUACUUCCAACCGAACUCUAGGAAAAUUUCCUAUUCAUCUUAUCAAUCGGUCAAACCAUAAAUCGACUGGAUCCCGCUCCAGCCUUUUGCGCGGGAAAAAAAAAAUUCGGAAAUGAACUGAAGUAGGCCUCACUUUUCAGAGGGUCGGAAAUUUUCUAGAAUUCGGUGGGAAAUAUAAGAUUUGGAAAUAAUGAGUUAGGUUGAAAGUACACCCUUCAAUUUGAACAGACUUAGAACUUAAAGACUUAUUGAACUGAAAAGUUUAAACUGAAUGUGAAAAAAAUCUUUUUUUGAUCUAAUUUCAUGACUUUUUAAGGUACUUUGAUUGUUACGAGAAGUACGGCGGGUUCGUGAGGCCGACUGAUGUCUUUGUCGGCGACUUCCCCGAGUUGGCAAUCGAUGAAAUUUAAAUAUUUUAACCAUCCUUUCUGUGAUAAGUUUGCAUUGCUUCCAUCAUAUUUUUAUUUCAUCAUUAUUGCACGCGUUCUCCUUAUAAUUCAGCCUGUAAACGAAUUACCCGAUUUUUAGUGAUCUCUUGGGUACACCGGUUUUUCUUUUCAAAUCGCUAUUGCUUCAUCUGAAUAAAAGUCCGUUCACUCAAAGUUUCGUUUUAUGGGUUUGUGAAAAGAUGGCCGCGGAUGAAAUGGUCUGUGAAGUAGGGCUGGACUCUUUUUCGCAUCUUCGAUGGGAGUUCCGAGACGGUUUUACACCUCAUUCUUCGCAUCUUCAAACACUCUAGCCUGUCCACGCUGUCUUUUCUCUUAACUUCAUUUUUUGCUCAACCUGUAAAGUAAAAUGACAAGUCAGACAGUUCAAGUCGUGUGCUAAAAAUAUAGAAAAAAAAAAUCUAAUCUUUUUCAAGUUGUCCCUGCAAAGGUUUUUCUCAAAAUUUUGAAAAGCGAGGUUUCUUCGAAUUUUACUUAAAACAUGCUGCAUAAAAGAGCUUCGAAUGACUCGUCGUAGAAUUAGAAGAUGACGAAUCAAGCUAUUUUUCGGCUAAUUCGCCUUGAACCCACUUCAGUGAGUAAUGUCAAAAGCGGAACGGUUAUGUUGGAAGGGAAAAGCCGCGAAGAACAAGCCGAAGGGCGGUCCGACCGAUUCCAUACGAAGCCUUCUCAUUUCGCGACAUGUUGAUCCGUCUUUCCUUACUCUGUUCAGCUUUCUUCCUUCGAGGUUUGAAUAGAACGUGAGAUGUAGAUUUGUGGUUCUAUGCUUCAGUCCAAUCAGCAAGGGCUUGAGACAAUAGAAAAUAAUUAAUGAGGGUCUUUGCAUUAUUAGAAAAAAUAGCUCGUUGAAGCAGAGGUUAAAUCUGUAAUUUCUUUUGUGAGAUGAUCACUAAAAAAAUCUCAAAUUUUUUUAAAAAUUAAAUUAACAGCGACAAUCAUUUCUCAACAUUGAUCUUGACAGAUUUUCGAAUUUCUUUGAAUCGUUUAAAACAUUCAGAAGCUGUCGCAAGUCCUUGUUCUGUGAGUUGUAUGCGGGAUUUGCUCGACGUCUGGGAGCGAGUUCGGCAAAACGAACCUUACGCUGCCAACUUCACUUUACCGGUUUGAAAUAGUUAUUUAAUGAAAUUGGAAAGAAAAUCUAUCCCAUUUUCUGUUUAUAAUUUAGUGGUCAAAGUGAUCCGCGAAAUUCGAAUAAACCGCCGGAGAUGGAAGAAGAUAACUAAAAUUUAGAGAGAGAGAGAGAUAAAAUUUGUAUUUCGCCAAAACUUGAACGCGGCUCAGUUUGAAGGGAAAAACUCUAUAGAAAGGCAAAUUUACUCAAAUUUAAGUUCUAUAUUACUCGCUUUUCGACUUCUCAGUAGUUUUUUUUUCUAUUUUUCGAAACCUUGAAAUCCGUCUUUCGAUGUUCGGAUUUUCUCACUACGGCACUUGUAAGAAACAUGCCAUGUCUCCCGCGCCUGGCUACAUGGAAUUUCGAAAAUUGUCGCCGCUGGGACAUAACUGGUCGCACGAGGCGAGGCAUGUUCAAAACCAGCCGUGCUUCCGAAAAAGUAGGUUAGCGCCACGGGUAUCUCCCGGCGAUAAGGAGAGUUGGAAGAAGCGAUUGAACAGAAAAAAGGAAUGAAUAAAGCCCGCAAAUAUAUUCAUGGAAUAUGUAUCCGCCGAGACGUUUUGCAGGUGCCGUUCUAUGGACAAUCCUCGCUGUUGGCGCUGUGUGACGCCUACCAAAAGGCCGACGAAUCGUGUCGUCUUUCUGUGUGGGUGUUUCCACUGUGUUUUGGAAGAAAGGAAGGUGUAAAGAAAACGAAACUAUGAAUCAUUAGAGUAAGAGAUAGUAAGAUUUGGUCAACAUCUGGCUAGCACUGAUGCUCAUAAGCUCAUCUUCGUUGCUUUAUUCUCUAAUAACAUAAAUUCUGCCAACUUUCUGCGCCUUCGAAAAUAAUUAUUUUCUCACUCAUUUCAUGGCAAGCUUGGGAUGAAUUGCUAUAUAGGCGUCUUAACCUCUUUUUCGCACUAUUUCAUUGAUUGUAUCAAGCACUGAGUGAAGUAUUGAAAAUUCGAAUAGUGAAAAAUGUUGAUAAUUAUAGUUUUUCUACAGCAUGAUAAUUCCAAAAUAGGCUAAAAACUGUGUUUCUAGAGAUAAAUCCUGUCAAAGUUUUGAAUAAAAGUUCAUGCAAUACAGAUGUGAGUCGAAACUGGCCAACUUUGCGAAUCGACAUCUCGGCUUCGUUUGUGGGCCAUUUGCGUCCAUAUUUUUCGGUUUGAACUGCCUUUGAUUCUCAACCACUUUGAUCCUUUUGAAGAAAACAUCGAGUGUAUUUCCGAAGUAGUGAAGAGUGAUAAGACUUGCACAGAAUUGAUCAUCGGAAGCCCGAAUCCACUUGACUCUGAAGGUAUGACAACGUUGAAAUGAAGAAAUUGAAAUGAUUUGUAGUGGAUAAAUGCAAAGAAGUGGACGGAUUCGCCGAGUGCGUCGAAGGAAAUCUCCAGUCGGAAUGUGGUGUCGAAGUCCGUUCCCUUGUCCUCAAAGCCAUCGAAAAUUACGGCUGCGGUCAACGUUUUGGUGAUUUUUCAAUCUCGAAGAGUCAUUUUGUGAAUAGAAAAAAUUAGAUAUGGAACGAGUUGAUAGUACAAUGGCGAAGGUCAACAUUUCCGGAAAAUAUCAUCGGUCUGCAUCGAGAAGUUCGCUUUCUCAUUUUAGAUUCAAUAAAUCAAAAUUUUUCAGGCUUUAUCGAAGAACGACUUAAAAAGCCCAAGCUGAAAUUCGAAGAAAGUUCCGUAAUUUUCUCAUGUUUAGACCAACUUUCGAAAAUUGCAGUUGAAAAUAACGAUAUAACGUCUGAAGGUAUUUUGGAGACCCUGGAAGCAGAAGCUGAAAAAGAAUCAAGGGGCGAGAGCAGCGGAAUUGAAGAAUCUUCGGGGGAAAUGACAGUUUCUGAAUCAAUACAGGUUCGAUGUUGGGUUGAAUUAUCAAUUAGUUGGUUGAUUUUCCAGUCUGGAUCCAUGUGCGACGAGGACCUGCAAAUGAAGGUUAAAAAAAGUAAAAAAGAAAUAAGACAAGUGAUUAUAACUGGGCAGGCGAUGUCGUGCGCAGUUCCUUUGCUCAGGACGUGGUCGGCCAUUAAAGAAAAUCGAAAAGAAGCUUCCGAGGUAACGAAGAAAAUCCAAGUUUUGAGUGAAUAUUUUCUCCAGAUGUUCUUUCCCACAUUCAAGUACACUCGAUUUGAAAUUCUGGAGUUGUGCGACGGCUACACUAACUACGUCACGUGUGCACCGAAAUCACAGCUUUGCAUUGAAGAAAAAAUGGCGAGAUUUGAAUUCAAGAAUGGGGAUUUUGAAUUCAAUUUUUCCAGAUCCGUUUCACGGAGGAGCAUUUGGGAUUUGCUUGUGCUGCGGAGAAUAUUGCGCAGUUCAUGCGUUCACACGAGUGCAUUUCGAGCCUCGAAUUGAGCGCCACAGCUACUUGCAACCGUUUCCUCGUUGGAGACCUUGUUCCUGGCGAAGCAUAUGCGGUUAGCUCGAUUUUUGAAAUCGGAAGUCUUUUCUGA